GCCUUGUUCAUUAGAUGCAAUGGUCGUCCGCCGUAAUGGCAGUAGCUCGCAGAAGCAAGGCCAGGAGUUGUACAAGAAGGGAGAGUUCCGGGCAGCAGUGACGGCUUUUUCAGAGGCUUUGGUCGAUAAGAAUGCAGACUCGCUGGGCAUCCUGGACAACCGAGCCGCUGCCUACACCAAGCUAUCGCAAUAUGACUUGGCGUUACGAGAUGCAAAGCAGAUGAUCAAGAAAUGCAAGAAUGACCAACGGGGAUACCUACGUUGUGCGAAAGUGCUUCUCCUCAGUGGAAAGCCUGAGAAGGCCCAGGAAGUCUACGCGUAUGCGCUUAAAAAUUUAUCGGAAGAUAGUCCAGGCCGCGAGCUACUACAACAAUUACACGACAAGCUCCAAGGAAAACUCGCAACAUGCAAAGACCCCUUCACCGUCCUGCCGCUUGAAAUGGCGGCCAUGGUCUUACAACAUUUCGACUUUAAACAGAUUGUCGCAAUAUUGCGGGUAUCGAAAGGCUGGGAACGUUUUCUAAGCUCUUUUCCGAAACUUUGGAUGCAAAUUGAUCUCCGGCGAGCUCGCGGAAAAAUAAAUUGGACCUCCGUGCGUUCAUAUAUUCGUCGAUCUAAAGCCAUGCUUACGCAUGCCAUUAUUGCCAAUAUAUCAUUAUCCGCAACAGACAAAACGAUGGAACUCCUGAGUCGAUGUCCAAAUCUUGAGCAUCUAGAAGUUUGGAUACCGUAUGGGAUCACAAAGUUUCUCGGCCUGUUUCAAAAGUCACAGAAACUGAAAAGUCUCACAUUUUCGCAACACACGACGGUCCCUCAGGCGUGUGCGGUCAAUCUUCUGGCGGGAUUCCCCCUUCUUGAAUCGGUGACCUUCCUCAAAACUAGAGGCGAGCUCUCGGCUAAAGUGACAUGGCCGCUCCCUCUUCCAAAUAUCAAAAGUAUCUCUCUCCGCUCAGAAGAUGCUUCAACAAUCUCAGGGUUCGGCGAGACUCUGCCACUUGAAGUUCCCGGGAUUGAAGGAGAGCCCCAGCCUAUUCAAGGCGGAGGCUGUCUUAUUCCAAAUCUAGAAGAGUUACGUCUGGAAUGGGAGCCAGAAACCUGGAAUCCAUAUCCCAUUUCUAUCAACAUGAUUGAUUUUUCAUGCCUCAGGAGACUAGAACUCAAAGGUAUGGAGCUCAGAGAACCUUGCAGGCUGCCGCUAGGUCUCGAGUAUCUGCGUAUUGCAGGAGGAAGGACUCCAUCGCGUUUUGUUGAAGUUGAAGAGGGCACCAGGUUAUCCAAUCUGAGAACAUUGAUCUUGGAUGAUAUACCUUGGAACUCGUUAUGUAGUUUGGAUCACUUUCUCAUCACUGCCAAACCACCUCUCAGCACCUUACAUCUGGAUUCUCUCAUCGGGUGCAAAGCUUCCGACCUCCGUGUCCUUUUGGAUCAAGGUGCUCUGAGUAAUUUGGAAACGCUCAGCCUCUGCAUGAUGCGGGGUCUUGACGACAGAUUCAUCAGUAUACUUAUGGAACGCCUUGGAAGUCUCAAAACCCUCAAUCUAUCAUACAGUCAGAUUACCGGAUGUGCAGUCAAAAACCUGGCAGAUGCGCGGACAAGUGAUAACCAUACAAAAUCAAAGCUUCAACAGCUGAUCGUCAGAGGCUGUGACGAUGUAUCAUCAGAUGCUGUGGCCUAUGGGCGAGAAAGGGGGAUCCAUAUCAUUACAUAAUGACAAUCAUGAAGAAGCCUCAGCUUACUUUUUGUAAGCCCUCCAGGUCAACCAAGGGCCCUUGCUCCAUCCACCAUCUGAAUCUGCAGCGUAUAGUUGAUAUUUAGGCAGAGAAGAAUGGAUUCAUGCUUUCGCUAUUGUACAGGUAAGUAUAUAUCAGAUGCAGCGUCGUAGGACCACAAUUGGCCAUGUCAAGUGAGGGACUAGAUGGACUAUCAGUAACUGCUAACUAGCCCAGUGAUCGGAUCCAACAGGAGACAGAAGGACCAUACUUACAAAAUCACGCCCCAGGAGAAAUUUUGAGU